AUGGAUGGAGAUGGUUUUUUGUCGGACAUUCUUCUCGAUGGACGUGAUGCUGAAGUUGGAGGCUUGUACGACCUCACCAUUCCUAUGACACAAGACACUCAAGAAGUCGAUGCGCAAGUGCAUCCAAGUCGCAGUACAAGUAAGGGAUCGAAAAGGUCAAAAAAAUUUCAUUGGAAGGAAGACGAAGUUGUAUGCGCCGCCUGGUUGUACGUUAGCAAAGACCCCAUCAACGGGGCCAAUCAAGCUCGUGGCACAUUUUGGGGUAGAGUACGUGCAUACUUUGAGGACCACAAGGAAACCGAAGCUGUGCGGACAGAGAGUUCGAUUAUGCAUAGGUGGCUUACAAUUCAGCAUCAAGUGAACAAGUAUUGUGACUGCUACGAGGCGGUUGAGCGUAGGAAUCAGAGUGGACAAACUAUUCAAGACAAGAUUUUAGAAGCAUCAAAGAUGUACACCGGAUUAGACAAGGACAAAAAGCAAUUUACUCUUCUACCUUGUUGGAACAUAUUGAAGGAAGAAGACAAGUGGAAAGCCAAGAGGAUUGAAAUUGCUGAGAUGGAUAAACAAGCAGCAACCAACAAAAAACAGAAGUCCACAAAGGUGUCUAGGCCAAGAGAUGAAAAAGGCACCAGCAAUCAACAAGGUAAAGAUGAUGUUCCUCAAGAAACCCAAGCAAGGAAAAGGGCAGAUGGGAUAAAAAAGGCAAAAGAAAAUCUUUGGCGAGGAGGUGGGGAAGCUUGCUUGGCUGCGUUGGACACGAUGUGGGCAAAGAAGGAGGUUUCUGACAAGGAAAAAGAGAAAGCAAAACAGGAGAGGUUCAUGGCGUCAAUUGAGCUAGAUAAGGAAGCACUGGAGCUAGAGAAGAAGCGCGCAGCAACUGAAGAGAAAAGAGCUGAAGCGGAGUUGAUCAAACAGGAGAAAGAAAUUAUGUUUGCGGACACGACCUCCCUCAACCCGCUGCAGCGUGAAUGGCUUGAGACGAUGCAGAAGGAGAUUGUUGCUAGGCGUGUUGCAAAAUAA